AUGUCGCUCCCUACAUCACCAUUUGCUCCUUCAGCAUCACUGCCCGGAACUGGCCAACUGGUACUUUGCCUUCUACCUCCCGGAAAGCAAGUGCUACAGAAAUUUACCUAUCAGUAUCCUCUCAAGCUGAUUGCGCCAGAUCCCCACCACGCCAGCGAUGACAAGCACGUCACGAUCGCUUUCCUCCUAACAUAUGGAGGGGGGCUUGUUGGGGGAGACCAAAUCAGUCUCAAAGUCGAAUUGCAGGAUGCUACACGCCUCGUCCUGCUCACUCAAGGCAGCACCAAGAUCUUCAAGUCGCCCAACAGGUCUGUGGUCAGUAGGCAGAUCUUAGACGUCCAGGUCGGACCUCGGGCAGCACUCUGCUAUCUCCCCGACCCAACCCAGCCGUUUGCCGAGAGUGUCUAUGAGCAGAGACAGACCUUCUACGUGGACCCGAAUGGCAGCAGCAAUUUGUUGGUAUUGGACUGGGUCAGCGAGGGCCGUCGGGCGAGAGGAGAAAGCUGGACAUUAUGGAGUUGGAACGGCAGGAAUGAGGUGAGAGAAAUGGACGAGCGGUCCAGGGGAAGACUGCUCCUUCGGGAUGCCGUCAUGCUACAUGACGAUGAACUGGCUGGGGUAAGCCUUCUCGACAAGGCUGACAACAUGGGUGUCUUUGGCACAUUGAUUGUCUACGGUUCAAUUUUCAAGCAUCUGGCAGACUUCCUCGUUCAGGAAUUCUCCAACCAGCCGCGCAUCGGAGCUAAGAAUUGGGCGGCGAACGACAGUACCACCCAAAGUGAGAAUGCGAAAGAAGUCGAGCUAUCCCGACAACGUGAGCAGCAAGACGGUCUUUUGUGGACUGCCGCUACCGUCCGUGGAUUCGUGCUGGUCAAAUUCGGUGCGACAGAGCUUGAUGGAGCGAGACGGUGGCUUGGGGGUCUGCUCAGAAAAGAGGGCACCGUGGAGAAAAUGUUUGGCCAUCAAGCACUUCUAUGUCUUCGUUGA